AUGGCUCUCGUCGCUUCCACGACUGCCACCGGAAGAUGGGAUGAUGGGAAGAUUACUCCCCCGCUAUCUCAUCCCCACACCCAAGAAGACAGCGCACUCCCUUCGUAUGAAGACCUUGGUACUUCAGACGUAAAUUAUGAAGAUAACUCUAGUUCAGACGUGUGGUAUGAAGGUUUCGCUACUUUCGUCGUCAAAGAUGUGGAGAGUGUUCAUUCGUUUAUCACGGCAGCCGCUAAAGAUGAUGAGGUAAUGGUAAAGUUUUUUCUGAACCAACCCUUUUUCUACGCGGAUUCAAUGGCUCCUACUGUGAGGAUGGCUUUGCAACAAGCGGCGAGAAACAAUAACCAAAGGACGGUCGAUAUUAUCCUUCAGUCAGACUUGUUCGGCGUGAGCGAACAGGAUGUGGAAUGGUUGACACCGCUCUAUUUGGCUUAUGCGAGAAUCUCUACUAUAACCUCGAGCGAGCUUCUCGACAGGGUCUUGGAUAUUCUACAAAAUGGAUAUAUUGGCCCGGUUCCGCGGUUUGACAUCCGUCAGAAAUAUGAAACUUUUAUCCAGAUCCUACUCGAGAGACAUGCCAAUGGCAGGCACAAGAGCAUGAAGCCGCUGUGA